AUGGCUUCCAAUGCGCCGGUUCUGCCUGCUGCUACGCAGACUUUUCCUCACCAUCGGUUAAGGCUCUCGCAGAAUGACCCCUCCAGAACCCCGCUGGUUCUCGUUGCUUGUGGCUCUUUUAGUCCAGUCACAAACCUCCAUCUCCGCAUGUUCGAGAUGGCGGCAGACUUUUGCAAGUUUCACACAGAUUUUGAAGUCAUGGGUGGAUAUAUAUCACCAGUGUCUGAUGCCUACAAGAAGCAAGGUCUAGCAAGUUCAACGCACCGGAUUCGUAUGUGCGAGCUCGCUGCGGAUGAGGAGCGAGAUGGUUGGCUCAUGGUCGAUCCGUGGGAAGCAACACAAUCAACUUAUAUACCCACCGCCAAAGUACUCGAUCACUUUCAAUAUGAGAUUAAUGAGGUACUUGGGGGAGCUGAAAAACCUGAUGGAACACGAGUACCUAUGAGGAUUAUACUCUUAGCUGGUGCAGACCUCAUGCAAACCAUGUCCACUCCAGGCGUCUGGAGCAGUGAUGAUUUGGAUCACAUUCUUCGAGGCUAUGGUGCUUUCAUUGUAGAACGAGAAGGAACCGACAUCGAUAAUGCUCUUUCGGCUCUUCAAAUUUGGAGAGAUAAUAUCUAUGUAAUUCCGCAACUCAUCCAGAACGACGUCAGCUCGACUAAGAUAAGGCUCUUCUUGCGAAGAGAAUUGAGCAUAAGAUACUUGAUCCCGUCUCCCGUGAUCGCAUACAUCGAGGAGAAUCGCUUAUACAAGGAAGACGGAACAUCUUCGAUCAAGGAAAAGGGAAAAUCGGAAGGCACGCAAAAUUCGGGCCGAACAUCGCCAAUAAUUGGCAGCUCUGGGUCUACAAGCUAG